AUGUCGGAUCCCCCCGGCAGCCCGCCAUCCGACUGGAGCCUGUCCGAUUCGCAUAGCAUCUUCAUGGUGAGUUCGUUCUUUUGUGAGGCCGACUCGACCAUCGAAUGCGACACCGACGCCGCCGAUGGCUAUGCGUGCACCUCGGGCCGAGUGAUGUCGCCGUUGAAUUUCCCGGAAAACGUGUGUGGUGCUUGCGGCCUGGGCCUCCGCAUGGACGACCUCAGUGGCGCCUGUGGGCUGGACAAGUGCGACGUGUGCCAUGGCGGCGACUGCCUUAUUUGCGAGGACGAAUAUCUGCUGGUGCCGGCCGUGGUUCCCGGCCAGCAUUCCUGCCAAAGCAGCUGCGACCCGGGGACCCACAGCCCCCCGGGAGGCGGCCGGUGUCUGGCCGACAGCCCGGCGCCGGCGGUGUCGCUCGGCCCGCCCGAGCCGCUGUUCUCGACGGCGGGCGCCUCGGUGCGGGCGGUUUUCCCCUCGCGCCUGGCCCUUUCGAGCAGCGGCAAAUGCAUCCUACAACCGCCCAGCUCGCUGGAAGACCCUUCGCACGGGAAUUGGGUGGCCCUGAGAUCCGGCGACGGGUGGCCCCUGUGGCUGGUUGCCCCGGCCCCGGGCGCCGGGGCGUCGGCGCCCGCUGCCCGGGAGAUGACCUGCCCGGAGUUGAUGCUCUCUAGCAUGGAUGUGUCCAUGGCCGUGGAGCUCCCACCGGCGCCCUCUACCCCCUCCGGGGAAUAUGUCACCCGGCUGGUCCUGUGCACCGCCGACAAUGCUGUGCACCUGGUGGAGAUCACCUGCUCGCCGGACUCCGACGCGGAAUGCCUCAUCGAGGGCAAUGUCGCUCGCAGAGCCUUGGACCGAGCGCCGCCGUGUGACUCCCUGCAGGGUGUCUCCGAGCACCAAGUGUCCAUCCGGACUGCCGACGACCGGAUGGUCCUCCUGUCCAUCAAUGCCGAGGAUGGGACCUGUGAUUUCACCAGUCUGCCCCCGGCCACUUGGCAUCCGGUCCUCUUCCCCAGCGUGCAAGAUCAAAAGCCCUCCAGUAAGUGGGUGCUCCUGUCGCACAUGCCGCGCACUGGCAGUCCCUCAAGCACCCUGCACUCGAUGGACCUUCUACUGGCGAAUGACCCGCGUGUCCAGGUGGGCCUGCAUAUGGACGCCCUGCGCAAGCCGGCCGGCCAGCAGUUGGACACGCGCCACCUGCAGCCGGUCCUCCUGGCCGGCGGCUCCCAGCCACCGGGGGGCCUGCUUUUCCUGUCGGGCUUGAUGUUGGUCCUGGACCAUGGCCUGGCCUGGGUGGUGGGGCAUGCGCCGCUCGGCGGCCGGCCGCACGGCCGGACCGCCGACAUCCCCCUGAAUACCGACACGCUGGGUAUUCUGCCGGGGCCGCGCGACCCGGUGCCGGCCUUCGCCAGCCUGGCCGUGCGGCUCCCCGGGUCGACGGACUUCCCGGGGGUCCUGCUUCUGCUGACAGAGACCCAUUUGGGCGUGGCAUUGGUGCACUGUCCGCAGGGGCCCGAUGCGGCGUGCUGGCCCCAGCCGGCACGGUUCUUCCCCCUCGCACUCGACGGCCCUGCGCCGGGGCUGCUCCGGGCCUCGGCGGCGGUCAUGCCGAUGGGCGGCCAGGCCGGCGGCCCGGGCGGGUCCAGCUCGUCCGCCCCCGGGGGCCUGGCCGUCCGGCGGAGUGGCGCCCCUGCCCCGGGGCCGGCCCUGGAAGCGGCGCUCAUCCUGGCACACGAGGGCCUGGCCUCCGGGGCCAUGGUGGUCUCGCUGCAGGAUGACCCCUGCCCGGAGGGGACGUACGGCCCGGCGUGCGAGGCCUGCGCCGCCGGGUGCACCCGGUGCACCGGGCCCCAUGCGUCGGACUGCACCGCAUGCAAGCACUGGCUGCCCGGCCACGAGUCCAUGUGCCUGGCCGAAUGCACCGGGCCCACCAGGCCGACCCCGGGCGCCAUCGACUGCAAGUGCGACACCUCCUGCAAGCAGUGCAUGCCCAUCUCGCUGUCCGGCAGCCACUGGGCUUCCUGCACCGAGUGCCAGCCGGGGUAUGCGCUGAGCUCGCCGACGGGCGAGGCCGGCCCGCCGGCCAGGGCUCUCGAGUGUGCCCGCUGCCAUGAUACCUGUGAAACAUGCUCGCAUGCGGACGACCGCCGCAUGUGCACCAGCUGCAAGCAGGGCGCCUUCCUGUUCGGGGGCGCUUGCGAGGGCCAAUGCCCGGACUUCUUCUUCGGCGAUGUGGCCAGCCGCUCCUGCCAGCCCUGCCUGGAAAACUGUGCCGCCUGUGCGGACGACUCCAAGUGCGGCACCUGUGCUGCGGGAUUCUACCUGGAUGACUUGCACACCGCCUGCAUCGCUUGCGAUGCCACCUGCAGCACAUGCGCCGGACCUGGCGCCUGCUCCGCAUGCCGGCCCGGGCUGGUCUUCCUGGAGGCCGAUGACCAAGUCGACUCGCUGUGUGGCGGCGCCUGCCCCCCGGGCGAGUAUGCCGGCGACACGCGCUGCACCAAGUGCCACGAAACGUGCGCCCUGUGCGCCGGCGACGCGGGGUCCUGCCAGGUGUGUGCCGACCGCCACCGCUGGCAGGCAGGCCGCCCGGCGCCGGGGGCCACGGCCCCCUGCGUGCCAUGCCCGGCUGGCUGCGCCUCGUGCACCGACAAGCUGUGCCUCUCCUGCGAGCCGGACCUCUACCUCACGCACCUGGGCGAAUGUUUGGGCACUUGCUCGGGGGGCACCUUCGCCGAUGACGACACGGCCACCUGCCAGCCGUGCGACGUCAGCUGCGCCGCGUGCGCCGGCGGCCGGGCCGACCAGUGCACCGGCUGCUCGCCGGGGCUGGAUCGCGUGCCGGCCGACGCCCCGGCCUUCGCCUGCAAGUCCCCCUGCCCGGAGGCCCAGUAUCGCGACCCCCUCUCGGAGGCAUGUCUCCCCUGCGACCCGGCUUGCGCCACGUGCAAUGGGCCGUCCGAUGGCGACUGCUGGCGCUGCACCGAGCCCGACAAGGUGCUCCAGGGUGGCAGGUGCGUGCAGGCGUGCGCCGAGCGGCACGUGGCCCAGGCCGGCCGGUGCCUGCCCUGCCACGCGUCCUGCCGGGCGUGCUCCGGCAUCCGGAGCACCGACUGCGUGGACGCCUGCCCGGCGGACCUGCUGGCCCUGCCGGCCGGGGCGUCGCCCAUGCGCUGCGUGGCCGGCUGCCCGGUGGGCUACAACGCCGGCCAUGCGGGAUGCUCCGAGUGCGUGUCGCACUGUGUCCGGUGCUCGGCCUCGGUGGACACCUGCGACAUGUGCGAGCGAGGGUGGUUCCUCGGUGGGUCGGCCUGCGUCGGGUCCUGCCCGGCCAACACCUCGCCCCAAGGGGGCCUCUGCAUUGACUGCCACAAGGCCUGCUUGACCUGCUUCGGCACCCAGGCCAACCAGUGUGCCACCUGCCAGAGCGAGACGCCCUUCCUGGUGGAUGGGGCCUGCUUGGCGGCCUGCCCGGAUGGGACCUUCCAGGAUGGGCCAAGCUGCCUGCCCUGCCAUGGCAGCUGCGGCACCUGCUCCGGGCCCGGGGCCGGGGAGUGCCUGGCCUGCCCGGCCGGUCGGGCCAUGCUCGACGGGUCGUGCGUCGGCAAGUGCCCGAGCAGCCACUUUGAGGACGCCGGCCAGGCCGCCGGGAGCGUGUGCCGGCCGUGUGCUGCCUCGUGCGCCAGUUGCGCCGGGCCCGACGCCGACGAGUGCACCUCGUGCCAUGGCAUCGACCUGCUCUUCGAGGGCCGGUGUGUGGACGAGUGUCCCGCGGGGACCUUCGGCUGCAGUGCCUCCGGCCGGUGCGACCCCUGCGACGCCCGGUGCGCCGAGUGCACGCUGGCCGCCCACCUGGGGGACCGCUGCACCGCCGACUGCCACACCUGCAGGGCGGGCUUCGUCCUGUCGCCCUCGACGCACACCUGCGACGUGGCCUGCCCGGCGGGCGAGUUCACGCCGGACUCGGUCCUGUGCGCCGCCUGCGACGCCGACUGCCGGUCGUGCCACGGGCAGGCCAAUGCCUGCACCUCCUGCGCGGACGCCUCGCGGUGGCUGCUGGUCGAUGGGGCCGCCUGCGUGAGCAGCUGCCCGGGGGAGAAGUUCGCCGCGGCGGAGUUCCCCUCGGCGCCCUUCCCCGCGCCGACCCGGCAGCUGAAGGCCGCGCGCAUGACCCCGGCCCAGGUGACCCUCUUCCAGAACGAGGUGGCCCUGAUGUGGCUGCUGCGCGACGCGCCGAACGUCGUCCGGCUGUACGGCUACAGCGACCAGCCGCCGGCCAUCGUGAUGGAGCGCUACCAGACGGACCUGGCCACGCUGCUGCACUCGGACGUCCCCCUGGACCAGGCCACCAUCUUGGACAUCGUGCAGCAGUGGGCCUCCGGGCUGGAGGCCAUGCACGCGCAGGGCAUCGCCCACCGGGACCUGAAGCCGGCCAAUGUCUUCGUCAGCCAGCACGCCGCGGGCGCCUGGAUCGCGGCCCUCGGCGACCUGGGCACCUCGCGCAACCUCAGCACCGACCGGUCGUCGGCCCUGGUGAACCAGGCGCCGGAGCUGAAUGCCCUGACCGGGCGCUACGCCGCGCCCGAGGUCCUGGCCGCCUUCCACCGGAAGCGCCCGCUGGAGUCGGAGCUCCUGCUCCCGGCGGACAUCUACUCCGCGGCCGUCAUGCUGUGGGAGUGCCUGGCCCGGGCCAUUCCCUGGCACGGGUGCACCUUCGACCAGAUUUCGGCCCAGGUCCUGUCCGGGGUCCGCCCCCCGGCGGACGGCCUCCACGGGCCGCUGGCGGACCUGCUCCACAUGGCCUGGGACUCGAAUGGCCACACCCGGCCGCCGGCCGCCGCCCUCCGGCAGAAGGCCGCCAUGGCCGCCCUCUCGGCUGAUCGGUGA